AUGGCUGAUUCUCCGGGGCACGAGGAGCCUGGGCUUGUGAGGCAAACACUCAAGUUUGAGCCCUGUGUUCGGGACGGAGGGAUGCAGCUGUCCCGAAUCCAAAGGACUCAAGGACGUCUGCAAAGGGGGGGAGGGGGAAAACAGAGAUUGCAUACCAUCACUGAGGACAGGAACUGCUUUGACACGGGGCACCUCACAGAACGAACCUUUGUCUUGCAGGAGGAGUCCCUGAAGGCAUCUGUCAGAGUCCUUACUCAGAAAUGCCAAGACCAGGCAGCUGUCCCAAGAAAACAGAUGAGCCAGCGGGGAAAUCGGAACACUGCUCGGGAGAGGGAAGUCCUCAGGAGGGGAAAACCUAGCCGGCCACAGAACAAACUUUCACAGCCGACGGGUGGUUGGCGCCACCCUUUCGGCAUCCAGACCCGGGAAAAGACCGGGCAGACCUUUAAAAGUGUCACCUGUGAACAAGGGCCUUCCUCGAGAGCAUCAGUGCUCAAAAAGACUCUGAGCAGUAGGCAGGUGAGAGCCAAUAUGGACAUCCCUCUGUUAUCCUUUGUCUCCUUGCUCUCUGGUGUCACAUUCCUACUGCUAAUUCCUGGAGAUUCUUGUGUGGAUAUCAUUGGGGGUAAUGAAGUAUUUCCUCAUUCGAGACCCUAUAUGGCCUUAAUUCAUAAUAAAAAUGACUUCUGUGGAGGAGCUCUCAUCAAAGAAAAUUGGGUGAUAACUGCAGCUCAUUGUAAUACAAAAGCAUCAUCUAAGGUCAUUCUUGGAGCUCACUCAAGUAAAAAAGCAGAGCCAGAACAACAGAUUAAGACUAUCAAGCAACACAUUCCCUACCCAUGCUGGGUCCCAAGCACCCAUUCAGGUGAUCUUAAACUUCUUCAGCUGACUGAUAAAGUGAAGAUUACGAAAGCAGUAAAAACAUUGAAGCUGCCCCAAAAUGCAAAAGACAUCAAACCGGGCACCAUUUGCAAAGUUGCAGGAUGGGGACAAAUAAACAAUACAAAAAAGACGCAGUCAGAGACUCUGAGAGAAGUCAAUGUCACUGUUAUUGACAGAAAAAUCUGCAAUGACAAACAUCAUUACAAUUUUGAUCCUGUUAUUGGACUGGACAUGAUUUGUGCUGGAAAUCUCAAGGGUGGAAAAGAUUCUUGUAACGGGGAUUCUGGUGGUCCUUUGAUAUGCAAAGACAAUUUUGUAGGAAUCACUUCCUUUGGUCUUCCUGGAAAAUGUGGGGUUCCCCAAGGACCUGGUGUUUACACUCGUCUUACAAAGGAACACCUUAACUGGAUAAAAAAUACCAUCAAAGGAGUGGCUUAGAUUGCUUUGACACAGUCCCUGCAAUUCCUUCGAGCUUUCUUCAACAAUAG